ACCAAAACAACAACAAUGACCGGUCGCGGCAAGGGGAGGCAAAGGUCUUGGAAAGGAGGAGCGAAACGUCACAGGAAAGUUCUUCGUGACAACAUCCAGGGUAUCACGAAGCCUGCCAUUCGCCGUUUGGCACGCAGAGGUGGAGUGAAGCGUAUCUCCGGUUUGAUAUACGAAGAAACUCGCGGUGUGCUUAAAGUGUUCCUCGAGAACGUAAUUCGUGACGCCGUCACGUACACAGAGCACGCCAAAAGGAAAACUGUCACCGCUAUGGACGUCGUGUACGCUCUGAAACGACAGGGACGCACGCUCUACGGUUUCGGCGGUUAAGUCUCUCAUGAUGAAUGC